ACUGUUUUGCUGAGGCAGUAGUUUGCAUUGCAGUUCUGAACCGUUAGCAAUCAGGACCUUCUUUCUUUCUUCUCGUCUUGCUGAUAACAGCGGUUUAUUUUCGCAACAUCACAAUGAACGGACUCAUCUUGGCUUUCGCUGUGCUGUGCGCCGGCGCCGCUUCCGCCCAGAUCUACCUGAACCAGCCGGUGGCGUUGGCUCUGCAGCAUCGUCAGCCGGUCCAUCAGGAGGCCUCCCUGGCACAUCCGGCUGUGGUGGAAAAUGCACUCAACGAGGCCCAGUACCCGACCGAGCUGCGCGGACACGUGUACGAUAACCCCCGUGUGGCGGAAGCCCUCGCCAAGGAGUCCUGGUUCGGGGACAAGGAAAUGCCCGUGUUUGAGCGAGCGGCCGAUAAGAUCCCCCGCGAUCGCAUCGUGAAGAUCUUCAAGAACGCCGGAUUCGUGCGCAGGCGUUAAGUUAGGUGCUUUGGCUUUGGAUACUCUACUGGUAUAUGACACAGGAUGAACGACCUCGGAUCUUCGACAACGGAAUACGAUUGUACCUUAGAAAGUGAGAUAUUGCAGUUUUCGUUGAUGCCAAUACAAAUACUUUGUACAUAUUAGAUAAGACGAUGUUCCUGAAUCAAGUGUGUUGUAGAAGAUUAGUUUAGAAUAACUAAUAUUUAUGAUGUGAAUAAAUGUAAGUAAUUUAUUGUAGACAUUCAAAAAA